AUGAGCGGAGGAGGGCACAAAACUGUGGAAUUGAUGGAAAAUAAGGCUUCGCUUAGCGAUUUACCAGAUGAUCCUCUGAGCGAAAUCAUCUGUUUGUUGGACAUGAAAGAUGCAGUGAAGACAAGCAUAUUAUCGAAAAGAUGGAGAUAUAUCUGGGCUAAUCAUGUUGUUGAUCUCAAGUUUAACCAUGUUAAUAUACUUGGACUGAGAACUGUCCCCCACAAGAGAAAAUGGGCAGGUUUAGAAAUUGUUUUUGUGAAAACGGUGGACAAGAUUAUGAAGCAGAGGUUGGAAGGAAAGAGAAGCAAGGUUAACUCAUUUUGCAUUCAGUUUCCGUUGGGACCGAGAUUUUCUUCAUCAAUAGAUGGUUGGAUCGAUUUUGUCGUUGCAAACAAUGUUGAGACCAUCGAUCUUGAUUUAUCAUCACAUCUACCAUUGGCAAGAUACAACUUUUCAUUGCUUAGGGCCGUCUCCAAUAAUGAGAAAGGGACACUGAAGCAUCUGCGACUCAUCAAUUGCAAUUUUCAGGGUCGGUCAAGAUCCCCAAAGUUUGGUUCACUCAUUUCUAUUCAGCUUGAAUCUGUAAACAUAAGCAGUCUUCAACUGGCCAAGGUUCUAGAAAGUUGUCCAUUACUUGAAGAAUUAACUCUCGAUACAUGUCGUAAUCUCACCAAACUGACAAUAAACGCUACUCUUUUGAAGCAUUUGUCCUUGAUCAACUGUUCUAAACUUAAGGAUAUUGAUGUGAUGAAUGCCCAAAAUCUCGUCUAUCUUCUGCUUGAGGAUAUGUUCAUAAACAGUCUUCAAUUGAGGAGGUUUAUAGACCGUUGCCCAUUACUCGAAGAAUUAACUUUGAAUUGCUGUCCUCAACUCACAGAUCUGGCAAUUCUCGAAUCAAACAACAGUCCUCUCAAGUAUUUGUACAUGGAAAACUGUUGGAAACUCAUGGAGCUUGAACUUUGUGCCAACUUUCUCCAUACACUUGAAUACUAUAAUAUCACAGCAUGGUUCUCGGUUAUGAAAACCCCUAGACUUGUUAAUGUUUUUAUUGGCGAAGCUGGAAAUAUCGAGCAUCCUCUUACUAACAUACCUCUCAACAUUCCUAAGCUCGAGAAUCUAAUUUUAGCGUCGUAUCAUCCUUUAAAUUUUUUCCUUGCAAAUGAUCUCGUCCCUGCAUUGUCUUUGAGGCGAUUGGUUAUAAAUGUCAGUUUGCGCAAUAAUGAUAAAGAUACACUUUUAUACGUCAGUUAUAUCUUGAAGGCUUUCCCCUUAUUGGAAACAUUGGAGUUAAAUUUCAGGAACUUCAAGAAGUUUGAUUAUGAAGAGAUUAUGAUAUUUGAGAAAUGCCCUAAUAGAGCCAUAACCAAGCUUGAAAUGAAUGGGUUCAGUGGAAGCGUGGGGGAAUUUAAUGUGCUUAUGUAUCUAUUAGAGAAUCUAACCGGGCUUAGAGAAUUGGCCAUUGGUUCAUCCUUUAAGAGAUACUAUAGCUUCAAUCGUUGGAUUAAUGAUCUACCAUUUACCACUACGAAUGAACAAUGGUUUCUUUGCAAUUCUGAAUGGCUUCGCACAAUUGUUCCUCCAUCUGUUCAUCUAAAGCUUAUGAAAGACUUGGAUUCAGAUUUAGUAUGA